CGCCCCCUGCGGCCCGAGUGCCCGCUCGCGCAGCUCCCACAAUGCACCGCACAAUGGCCCGACCGCCGCCACUACCGGGGCCUGAGCUGGCCUGGCGGAGCCCGAGCGCGGCCCGGCCCGCAGCGCGGGACCCCGAGCGCGGUGAAAAGAUUGUUUUCUGAAGGCUGCAUUGAAGGCUGUGACAGAGCAGAGAGUCCGUGUGAAGCUGAUGGGGAGGCUUUCUGAUUAACAUGGCCCUUCGCCAUUAGCCUUGCCAUGACCACAUUUUUCACCAGCGUCCCCCCCUGGAUUCAAGAUGCAAAGCAGGAGGAGGAAGUGGGCUGGAAACUAGUUCCCAGGCCUCGGGGCCGAGAGGCAGAGAGUCAAGUGAAGUGCCAAUGUGAAAUCUCGGGGACACCCUUCUCAAAUGGGGAGAAGCUGAGGCCUCACAGCCUCCCCCAUCCAGAACAGAGACCAUAUAGCUGCCCUCAGCUGCACUGUGGCAAGGCUUUUGCCUCCAAAUACAAGCUGUAUAGGCACAUGGCCACCCACUCAGCCCAGAAACCCCACCAGUGCAUGUACUGUGAUAAGAUGUUUCACCGCAAGGACCAUCUGCGGAACCACCUGCAGACUCAUGACCCUAACAAAGAGGCCCUCCAUUGCUCUGAGUGUGGUAAGAAUUACAAUACGAAGCUGGGCUACCGGCGCCACCUGGCCAUGCAUGCUGCCAGCAGCGGUGACCUGAGCUGCAAGGUGUGCCUGCAGACCUUUGAGAGUACCCAGGCCCUGCUAGAGCACCUGAAGGCCCACUCACGCCGGGUAGCAGGUGGUGCCAAGGAGAAGAAGCACCCCUGUGACCACUGUGACCGCCGGUUUUAUACUCGUAAGGAUGUGCGGCGGCACCUAGUGGUGCACACAGGCCGUAAGGACUUCUUAUGCCAGUACUGUGCCCAGCGGUUCGGCCGCAAAGACCACCUGACGCGUCAUGUCAAAAAGAGCCACUCGCAGGAGCUGCUCAAGAUCAAGACAGAGCCAGUGGACAUGUUAGGCCUACUCAGCUGCAGUUCCACGGUAAGCGUGAAGGAAGAGCUGAGUCCUGUGCUGUGCAUGGCCUCUCGGGACGUGAUGGGGGCCAAGGCCUUCCCUGGCAUGCUGCCCAUGGGCAUGUAUGGCGCCCACAUCCCUACUGUGCCCAGUGCAGGCGUGCCACACUCCCUGGUGCACAACACGCUGCCCAUGGGUAUGAGCUACCCUCUGGAAUCCUCACCUAUCUCUUCCCCAGCUCAGCUCCCUCCAAAAUACCAGCUUGGAUCUACCUCAUACUUGCCCGACAAAUUGCCCAAAGUGGAGGUGGAUAGUUUUCUGGCGGAGCUUCCUGGAAGCCUGUCUCUCUCAUCCGCUGAACCCCAGCCCGCCUCACCUCAGCCGGCGGCAGCUGCGGCCCUCCUAGAUGAAGCACUGCUCGCCAAGAGCCCCGCUAACCUCUCUGAGGCCCUCUGCGCUGCUAAUGUGGACUUCUCCCACUUACUGGGCUUUCUUCCACUCAACCUGCCCCCGUGUAACCCACCUGGGGCCACAGGAGGCCUGGUCAUGGGCUACUCCCAGGCUGAGGCGCAGCCCCUGCUCACCACUUUGCAAGCUCAGCCUCAAGAUUCCCCGGGAACUGGGGGACCACUGAACUUUGGGCCUCUGCACUCCUUGCCUCCUGUCUUCACCUCUGGCCUGAGUAGCACCACCCUGCCUCGUUUCCACCAAGCAUUCCAGUAGCCCCUACGGAGGUCCUCAGCUCAGUCUUUGGCUCUGUCCAGGAGCCAUAGUACCCACCCCGUCCGUGUCCCCGAUGAAGGCAGCUGAGCUUUCAGAGCUGGGUUCAAAAAGAAAAAAUUCCAGUGUCUGUAUGGAGCACUUGGUUUAGGGGUUCAGGCUCCAGGAUCGAUACCACGAGGAGCUUUGAGUCCCAACCCCGUGAAAAAUCUCACAUCAUAGGACUUCAGGUAUUUUUACUUUUUUUUUAUCUGAAUCGGGAGCCACACUUAGUCCUCUUCCUCUCCAAAGCGUCAGAACCUCCUCCUCUUUGGAGAAGGGGGAGGCCUCUUGGAGACACAGAGGGUUUCCUCUUGGAUGACCUCAAGAGAAAUCGCCCAAGAAGCCCGCCUUCUGGUCCUAACCUGCAGACCCCACAGCAGUCAGUUGGUCAGGCCCUGCUGUAGAAGGUCACUUGGCUCCAUCACCUGCUUCCAACCAAUGAGCAGGAGAGAGAGCCUCUGUUCUUCCCGACCACCCCAAUCCCUACUGUACCAGCACCUCCGUUUCCAGUCAGUGUUGUCCAGCAACGGUACCGUUUACACAGUCGCCUCAGAUACACCAUUUCACCUCCCUUGCCAAGCUGUUAGCCUUAGAAUGAUUGCAGUGAACACUGUUUACACACCGUGAAUCCAUUCCCACCAGUCCAUUCCAGUUGGCACCAGCCUGAACCGUUUGGUACCUGGUGCUAACUGGAGCCCUGUUUACAAGGCGGAGUCGGGUCUUACUGACUUCUCUUCACUUGAGGUCACAUUUUUCCCCCGUGGGGAAAUAAAUUGACUUUGGACUGCUUCAGUCUCUCCCAUCUUCGAUGACUGCAUCUGUUCCUGCCUUCCUCGGCAGUGUCCAUAGGAGACGGGCAAGAAGAUCGGAGCAGUUUUCUCACAGGUCUACAGUUCUGUUUUUCUCCAAGUACAUCAUGACCCCUUCGUCCUCCUUUUGAACUGGAGAGGGGAAGAAAUGAAAGGCACGCAUACUUCUAUCGCCUCCCCAUUCCCUAAUCCCCACCCUGAACAUCAUGUGCUGUUGUUAUUUGUCUUGGAAGGAGGGACUCUGGGUUCUAGGUUGGAGUGGAUAGCAAAGGAGAGGGUAUGAGUCCCUCGUUUGUCUGUCUCCUAUCUGUCCCUUUUCCAGGAAGUUGUGGAAUUGUUGGAAGAAGAGUUUUCAGAAAGUUAGGAUUGGGCAGUUAAGUACAUUGUUGCCCCCCAUACCAAAUUUUUUCUUAGCCACAAUGUCCCUUCUGUCUCUUCCACUUUGUAGUCCCCAUGGACUCAGGCCACUGUGCAUAGGCUUCUCUGCUCUCCAUCAAAGAACUUCAACCUUCUUGUGGCCCCUUUCGGUUUUGCUCCUAAUAUCCAGCAAGGUUUCUUGCAACAAAUGAUUAGUUCUCUUCUGACUUGGGGGGCUAUUGCUACAGACAGCAAAGCCCUUGCCCAGAACCCAGACGAACCCCAUCCUUGCUUCAUCUCAGUUCUGCAUGGGCUUCGCACUUCCCACUUGAGGAAGGGAGGCACCUCAGGGACCUCCGUUGUGGGACCCUCUUGAGACACCUGAUUCAGAAACACACUUCUACCUCUUUACUGUUAACUCCUACAGAUGCAGCCAGCAAGUUCUGGGCACUUCUCUCACUGAGUGCCUAUUGCUGGCUUCUCCACUAGGGUUUCAGGACAAACUACCAAGGAACUGCCUCAGCCUCCCAUCAGUCCUCCCCACGCCCCUUCUGUCUAGACUCACUUUGGUUUUUCAUCAGGAACUGAGCAGGUCCAAGACUCAGGCUUCUGCUUCAGCCCAGGCCAGUACUCCUGUUUGAGGUGAAAGCCUUAAAAUUUAGCUCCCUGGCCCUUGAUUGGAAGCAAUGUGGAGUAAGUAAGCAUGUUUUGAUUUAGGCAGGGUAGUUCAGGAUACCUUUAAAAAAAAAAAAAACCAGAUAUAAAAAUGUCUGGCAAGAUUAGAAUCAGACUAGGCGAUUUGCUUCUAAAAAUUAGUUUCAGUGAGUCCCAGGGACUAGUUAAGGUUUAUUUUAAAAAGCGUCUACCUUGGUACGCAGACACCUCCUGCAUGCUGUGCAUGUUAUUGGGACUCGUAUUAUAGGAAAUGGUAUGUGAGAAUCCAAGUAGGACUUGCUGCUGCCAUUCUCCUUGUUGUAUCUGGUCUUCAUCACUAGACCCAGCAACCCUCCUUCCCUUGCCUGCCACCUUCCCUGCAUCCUCAGUUUGUAGAGGCAAAUGGGCCUCUGGCCACAGAAUAUAAAGUCCUGGGCUGUUAGAGGAGUCCUGUCCUCUCUGCCUGCUCUUUCCUGUCCCUCCCUUGAAUUCUUUCUCCCCAUAGGAGAUGCUGGGAAACUAAGAACCGGCAAAGCAACUAUUUAAAACCAUUUCACUGGGACCUACUCCCACCUCCUUCUUGUCUUCUUGCCUCCCCCCACACACACUCCUGUCUCUUUCCUUCUAUCCUUUCCUCUUCCCUCAGUGCCCUCACCACCCACAAGGAAUUUUCCCAUCACUGUGAAUUUUGCUGGUGCAGAGGAAUAUUAUCUGCCUUUACCUCUUUUUUGGACCAUAGCCACCCAGCCAUUUCUUAAACCCCCCUUCCCAAAAUUAAAAAAAAAAAAAAAGCCUUAUUGGCCUGGUUCUUCAAAGGAUAAGAGUCUCUUUAUCCUACACUCAUUACCCAGACUCACUUCAGUACUUUACUGAGGCCCGAGAGCCUGAGGGACAUCUGCCCAGGACAGGAGCCAUGGCAUGUGGCAAAGACCAAUCAGGGACCAGAAAAAAGGAGUGAUGUCCCCCCUUCUCCACCACUUCCAGCACCUGUCAGUGAUGAGCUGCCUGAACAGUGGGGCAAGCACCUCCCACCCCACACAGUAGUUGGUCAGGGCUGAGUGCAAGGGAUGACAUGCCCAGGUAUCAGCUCAAAAGAUCUCUGCACCAUCUUAAAGAGGUGGGAGGCAGGGAAAGGAGCACCAAUGAAAUUUUUCCCUUCAACCUUUUGUUAAUGGAAACCGGGGAAGCAGGUGUGAUUACUUUUUUGCUCAUAGAUAUUGUCCUAAGUUGGAAUUCUCCUACUACCCUAAACCUUCCCUAGUAGUCCUUUGAAUCCCACCCUCCCUUUUUGGUAGCUGUUUCCUCCGCCCUCUUUCCACCUCCCCUCUUAUCUAGGAGCUGUUUUUAAGCACGAUUUUUUAACAGGUUAUAUUGUACAGGAUCAAUAUUUUGCUUUUUAACAAGGAUAUUUAUGUAAUAAGAAACUUUGCCUUAGGCAGGUGUUGGCCAGAAAAAGUCCAGAUUCCUCUGGGACCCCACCCUGGCCUCUCCUGGAGCUCUGAACCUGCUGUGGAAGGAAUUGGCUGUGACCUUCACCACUGGAGAGUAGGGUCUGUGGCGAGGGGAAAGGGGUGUUCACCGUGAUUAAUCUGGUGCCUCCAUGGAGAGGUUUGGAAGAAUUCAGUCCAGUUUCUUCGUGUGUCAGCUGACUUCCUUAGCUGAUUCUCCCCAUAUGCACCUCUCCACCUCUGCGUAUUUGGCACUAGAACUCCUGAAACACCACUUCUCAUGCUCCUCCCUCCCUCCCAGCGGUCAAGGCUUUGGAGCCACUCUUUUGUAAUGCCAGAUUAUUUAAAGAGAAAAAUACAAGACAAAAAUCUUCUAGCACUUUGUAAACACAGUGAAUAACCUCUUGGAGUAUUUUUGGCUUUAUAUAAAACAAGGUUUUUAAUUGUAAAAUAUAAGUGCCAUUAGAAAAUGCACAGGGCGUAUCUUUGUUAAAGUAGAUUUUUCAAUGUUUUACAGAAUUACAUUUUCAAAAGUUUUUAUAAUGAAGUUGUUUAUUAAAAACUUCUGAAUGAUGUG